CGCUCUGCGGCUGCAGUUGGGGGGAGGCGGCGGCGGCGGCGGCGGCGGUUGUGGGCUGAGCGCGGGGUGCAGGCGAUCGCCGUCGGGGCUCGGGCGGCGGCAGUGGGCGCAGGCUCCCCGGUGCCCGCCCCUCCGCUCCGGGGGGGCGCGAGCGGGCGGCCGGGGGGGGGGGCCGGCACCGUCGCCGCAAAAUGAGCCUGCUGUCGGCCAUCGACACGAGCGCCGCCUCGGUGUACCAGCCGGCCCAGCUGCUCAACUGGGUCUACCUGUCGCUGCAGGACACGCACCAGGCGAGCGCCUUCGAUGCCUUCCGGCCCGAGCCGCCCGCCGGCGCCGCGCCCCCAGAGCUGGCCUUCGGCAAGGGCCGCCCAGAGCAGCUGGGCUCGCCCCUGCACUCCAGCUAUCUCAACAGCUUCUUCCAGCUGCAGCGCGGAGAGGCGCUGAGCAGCAGCGUGUACAAGAGCGCCUCGCCCUACGGCUCCCUCAACAACAUCGCCGACGGCCUCAGCUCCCUCACCGAGCACUUCUCCGAGCUGACCCUCACCUCUGAGACCCGCAAGCCCAGCAAGCGGCCCCCGCCCAACUACCUGUGCCACCUGUGCUUCAACAAAGGACACUACAUCAAGGACUGCCCCCAGGCACGCCCCAAAGGCGAGGGUCUGACCCCGUACCAGGGCAAAAAGCGCUGCUUUGGCGAGUACAAGUGUCCCAAGUGCAAGAGAAAAUGGAUGAGCGGGAACUCCUGGGCCAAUAUGGGGCAGGAGUGCAUCAAGUGCCACAUCAACGUGUACCCACACAAGCAGAGACCCCUGGAGAAGCCCGAUGGCCUGGACGUGUCCGACCAGAGCAAGGAGCACCCCCAGCACCUGUGCGAGAAGUGCAAGGUGCUGGGCUACUACUGCCGGCGCGUGCAAUGACCCGGCCGCCUGCUGGGCCCCGCCGCCCUCCUGCCAGCCAGAGAAGACACCACCCCCCUGCGCGUCCCCUGUGUGCGCAGGGGCGUCCUCGCAGGCUUACAGGUCUAGGGGGUGGGCUCUUGGCUCAUGUAUGUUGACAAACAGUGUUACUGACGUAGCUGCGCCCCCAGAAGGCCGGGUCUCUGCGACUCUCUACGGGGGGCCCUGGGUCUGUGUGGAGGGAAUAGGGCAAGCAGAGGUCAGCGCACAAGACCACACAGAGCCCUUGGUGUCCCCGCAGGCUCUCCUCUGAGACUCCCUUUGGGGUGAGCAGCCUUGUAUUGGCCACGAGUGCACUAAAUUUACUGUGAAUCCCAGAGCCUGCAGGGGACUGUCUCCCCAAGACCGGCCAGGCCGCCUUUUCCCACCCAGAACCUUCCAGUUUGCCCCGUGUGAAAAGCCACUCUUAGAAAGCCCUAAUUUUCUGUCUAAGUCAGCACUCAUGGCAAGCUGACACCUGUUCUCGCAGCUGCUGGGGAGCGGGCAUCUCUGCCCCCUGCCACUUUGAGCCCCAAACCUGACCGCCUCUGCCGUCACUGGCAUUGCACCUGGGCGCCGCACCCUGCCCCCCACCGUAGACCCAGAGGUCAGGCACGGGGAGGCACUGAAUGUUGGACAGUGUUCCAAGGUGUGACCUAGGGCACAUCAGGCAAUGCCUCCCCCCUCUCCCAGCACCUACUACCCCCACUUGCUAGGAUUUUGUCAGCCCCAUUCCCUUCCCCUCUCCCUCCCCUCCCACCCACACUAGGGGGCCACCCCCUGAUGGAGGCUACAGGACCCAGCAGGGAAGCCACUCUGGCAGGAAGGACACAGGCCAGGCAGAUCAAAGACCCCGGUUUUAAUGCUGGCCUCACCACCGACACACUGUGGAGCCUGGGAAGGAUUCUCAUCUCUCUGCUUCGCUACUAGUUAAGUGAGAGAGUGACAGCAGAGAGCCGAGAGGCCCGUUUCUGUUCUGAUGUUCUGGGAUUCAGCCUGGCUGUGUGCCAUCUCCUGGAGCAGAAAGCUUUAUUUGGACAGUAUCCCCAGGUCCCGUGCCCCCAGUAUCACCCGUCAGUCGGUCACUUAAGAAGUCAUGCGGAGGGCUCCCGUCCUCCCCUGUCGCCCCUGCAGGCCCAGCCCUGCCUGCUGUCCCCUACCCUGCAAACGUGAAGGAGGGGGUUACCCCCACCCCAAGACAAGCUACAGAACCUCUCGUUUGCAAAGUGGGGAUAAUGAUUCCUACCUCCCGAGGUGGGGGGAGGCCUCUUGGCGUUCACACUGGUCAGGGCGACGUUGUCCUGGCUAGUGGGGGGAUCGCCUUCCUCUUUGCUCCCUCCCCAGUGAGAAGUCCUAUUUUUAUUGUCGUAUCACCCUUCCUUUCUCCCAGGGGAACCGGCUGUCAGAGCUGGGUCACUUGAUUUUGCCCCAACAUUAUGCCUCUGUGGAAAAAAAAAAAUCAGACCACGAAAUGGGCCUGAAAUUCAGUGUUUACCACGGCUCAAGGACACCCAACCCGUGUCCAGUUGCCUUUUGUUUUCAAAUGAAAAUGCUUUGUACAACUGAGGAGUUACAGCAAAGUGUUAAUCAGGGGUCCAGGGAGUGAGUCGAAGAGACGGAGUGAGUGCGUUUGCAGCCAGAGGGCUGCAGCGUAGAUUUGGGCAGGGGGGUGGGGGGGGGCCAUGCCCUCUGAGCAUUUAAGAAGGGUGUAUUUGCUCCAGCCUGAGCCCUGUAGCGGCCUGCCCCUGACUGUGAACACGCUCACCGCCCACUGAGGAAUCCCUCCCAGCUGCUCCCUGCCUGCUCCAGGGUGUCAAGGUGAGCCAGAGUCACCCUGUUCCAGGGCUCUCUGUCCCCAAGGAGAAGCUGUUACUGUCAGUCAUCCUAGUGCCCUGCUAACGAGAACAUUCGCAGUGGUGGGCAGUGUGCUGGUCUCCGCUGCAAGGACCAGGUCUCGACCCUUCCAGGGACCUGGCUCCACAGGGGGACCUUGGCCUCAGGUACCUGGGCUGCAGUCAUGGGGGAAGCCCACACCUUAGAAAGAACCCAGGCUCCAGACCCCUGGAGGCCAGGGCCUUCCACAGGCCAAGAGGAGAAGGGAUAUCACCCCAAAGUGACCUUUGCAGUGGGUUUGUCCAGCUGGCAGCCCCCGCCAUCUGUGCAGAGCUGGCCACCGCGGGGGCUGGGCCCUCCCUAUGAGGCAGCCCUUCCACACCGCCCCCUCCCGCACUGUUGGGCUGAAUUUGGGAGCUCUGUGUGCUCAGCGAAAGCCACUGCUGUCCAGGCUGGUGCUGUGAGAAUCAAGUGCUCAGAGGGCCUGGGCACCCAGGAGACAAGAAAUUGUGUGGUUUUAGUAUGUUCAAAGGGACAAUCGCUUGCAGUUAGUAGAUCUAGCGAUCCAGUUGGGAGAGAACGGUGUUUACCCCAUAAGAAGUAUUCAAUAGUUCUACUUGUGAAUUUGUAUUUAUUUUGAGUUAUACUUGACACAGAAUUCCUUUUUUUUUUUUUUAAAGAAAAAAUACUAUGUGUGUAUUUUGAAACGAAAAUUCAUGGAUGUUAAAAUUUCUGCAUGGUUUCCAAUUUUUCUCACAACACUGAAUUUGUUACCUUCUCCCGAAAAAUCUUCACAGUGAUUUUUGUCUGUAUAUAUUUGAGGGCUUUUUUAAAAAAAAGAAAAAGAAAAGAAAAAUAUGAUUGCCUGAUUUUUGAGAUUAAAGUAAACAAAAAGAGAGGCAUUUUCAAAACUUCAGAGCUUUCAGGAGGGCAAUAGAAUAUCAAAUGAAGAUUUCUGGAAGUAUUUUUUGCAAACCUUCUGGUUGAGCUGCAAGAAAAUAUUUAUGGUGAGAACUAUUCUCUUUGUCCUGUUGGUUUUUUUUGGGGGGGUUGAUUUUUUACUAUGCUUUGGUCUGUAAAAAGUCUGCAACUGAAUUACAUUAAGAAGGAAAUAUUGUCUACAUAGAUUAUUAUAUGAAGUUGGUACAUAAUUCUGAUGAGGAAAAAAAACUUUGCAAUUCUUUAAGCCAUAUUAUUGUUAUUCUCUGUUGUUAUCCCUGGAUACAAAUAUCAGUAUUAAGUAGCCAGCAUAUUAUUCAAGUGCAUAGACUUAUUAUUAAUAUGUUCUUGUCCUGUAUUUAUACAUAUGUGUAUUUGGGAAAGUACUGCCUUUUUUUAAGGGAAGCUAUUAUUAGAUACUUAGUGAAAAGGGAAUGGUGAGCCCUUCGAGCCUCUUCAGCUGAGGAUAACACAGCAUUAUAAUCCAUUCUCUUGCACCUUCUUAUUAUUAUCUUGUUAUUAUGGUUAUUAAACUCGUGGGGGGCAGGAGCGUGCCUGGGGAGGAGAGGGCGUGUGACUUACUAGCCCCACCACGGUCGGCCAGCUCCAAAGAUGGUCUCCUUGGCCUGGUCCAGGGCUCCCGGUCAGCAGGGCCCAAGGAUGGAAGAGGAAGCAGGAGGCGGACUUCUCCAGCCACCCCCUUUGGAGCUUUGCCAUCUGAGCCAUGCCUUGGUGCCCUAUGCUCUUUGAACUUGGAUUUGUCACCCAGAGCCCUUACACCUGCCCUCCAACAUCUAAUGGACUUGAAUCUACUCUAAACGAAUAUUUAAUCCAGCAUCACUACAUCGUAGCCCAGUGUGACAACUAACCCUGGAGUUUGGGAGGCGUCCGGCCUUCGGGGGAGUUCAUCGCUCCCUGUUGCCAACCUCACCGUUCGACCUCCUCCACUCCUGUGUGGUGACCCUGUCCGUGUCUGUAUCUGUUAAUACGUGUGUGUCCAGCUAAAAAGACAAACAGAACCCGUGGGCCAGCUCGGAGGGUGCGUGGAGAAGCCUCCCGACCUCUCCCGAGGGCCGCCCUCGGGAUGGCAUUCCGUUGUGUGCCUUAUUCCUGGAGAAUCUGUAUACGGCCUACCUAUAGAAAUAUAGCCUUUUCAUGCUGUAUUAAAAGAACUUUUAAAAGCAA